UUGAUGAGACUCCUGCUCCUGUUAAAUGGGUCUGAUUAGUUUAACAAUAGGCAGAAAUGGACAACAAUGGUGGGAAAGCAAACAUUGGGAUGUGCAUUGCAUCCACACCGUAGGUAGGGUUGUUAAAACGGAAAGCGAUUCAAAUGUCACAUUUUCAACUACUUUCUUUUUCCUAACGAAUUUGCCAGGACCCAAAAACUUGGCACUAUAAAUACCGCACUUGAUCCCCGACUCCGUUUCACCCACAUCAGCAGAAAGCAGAGUUUGCAAUUCAAAGAAACCAAAAUGAAGGGAGCAACAGCAGCAGUCCUCGUGAUUUCAAUGCUGGCCAUGAUUCAGGCAGGCGAUGCGGCAAUAAGCUGCGGGCAAGUGGAUGGAGACCUGGCGCCCUGCAUUCCUUACUUGACCACCGGAGCAGGGGACCCUGCCUCUAAGUGCUGCGACGGAAUCCGGAGCUUGAAGGCCAGCACUGCCACCGUCGACGACAGGAGAGCAGCCUGCGCCUGUGUCAAGGCCGCCGCCGACCACUAUCCGGUCAAGGAAGAUGCGGCUUCCUCUCUCCCUACCAAGUGUGGCGUUGCAAUAAGCAUCCCCAUUUCCAAGGCUAUCAACUGCCAGAGAAAGCGUGUGGUCGCUUUGUCUGUCUGUUUCCCUUUCUACCUGUUUGCGAAUGGAGCUUUAUAUGCAACUUUGAUUGAUUCCGGGAGAGUGUUUUGCAAGAAAGGUUGUAAUGCUGAUGGAGACACAUGGGAAGAGUGCUUGGAAGCGUGUGAAGAGAUAUGCUACAAGGACCCUGUAUUAAAAGACCAACAAUGGAGUGCUUACAUUGACCGUUCACCUGGAGCUGCUAGCUACUCAGAGUUUGACAUUAACAAAGACAAAGUUGACCAGACUCGUCCAAACCGGCCAUGCAAGCCUUCUUCCCCUCCUGAGAAGCCACCAUCCUCUGCUCACAAACCUUCUACCACCAUAGCUGAUGAACAGGAAGAUGUGCCUUGCACUUCUGCCUAGAAGGCAAUGCUACAAUACUAGAGAAAAAGAAAUAAAAAAAAACUAUGACAAGGAAGAAGAGUAGAGACGUACCAGCCACAAAAGCCGAUUACUGGUAGGAAGAUUGUUGUUGCUGUGUGUGAGAAUGGAUUUUCGUGUUGUUGUAGCGCUCCCUUUUUGAUCGGCCAAAAUGUGUUAGUUUCGAGAUCAAACGUUUUUCUUCCUCAACAGCUUCUGACUACCCCCCCUAUCAGGAUAUAAUCUCAUUAGGGUUCACAACCCCACUUUUAGAAUAGGUACUUAACCGCCAUCUUGUAUUCUUUUGUCAUCUCCAGAUGUACUCUCUUAAUUUUUGUGACUUUGUGAUAAACUUCAAAUUAUUUAUGGAUGAGGCAAUGAUGUGUGCCACUUUGUUUC